UGUCACAUGUGCUUUUUAAGACGGCCGGGAGCGCCUGCGAGCUGGAUCUGGUGGAGGAUGCUGCGGCAGGUGCUUCGCAGAGGGCUCCAGUCGUUCUGCCACAGGCUGGGUUUGUGCGUGAGCCGGCACCCGGUCUUUUUCCUCACCGUGCCCGCAGUCCUGACAAUCACCUUCGGCCUCAGCGCGCUCAACCGCUUCCAGCCCGAGGGCGACCUGGAGCGCCUGGUCGCUCCCAGCCACAGCCUGGCCAAGAUCGAGCGCAGCCUGGCCAGCAGCCUUUUCCCCCUGGACCAGUCCAAAAGCCAGCUCUAUUCGGACUUACACACCCCUGGGAGGUAUGGCAGGGUGAUCCUCCUCUCCCCAACCGGGGACAAUAUUUUGCUCCAGGCUGAGGGGAUCCUGCAGACCCACCGAGCCGUGCUGGAAAUGAAGGAUGGGAGGAACAGUUUUAUUGGACACCAACUGGGCGGGGUAGUGGAAGUGCCAAACAGCAAAGAUCAGCGGGUCAAGUCAGCCAGAGCCAUUCAAAUCACCUACUACCUCCAGACCUAUGGCUCUGCCACCCAAGACCUCAUAGGGGAGAAGUGGGAGAAUGAGUUCUGCAAUCUUAUAAGGAAGCUCCAGGAGGAGCAUCAAGAACUCCAGCUCUACUCUUUAGCAUCCUUUAGCCUCUGGAGGGACUUUCAUAAGACCAGCAUCCUGGCCAGAAGCAAGGUCCUGGUGAGCCUCGUGCUGAUCCUGACCACAGCCACCCUCUCCAGCUCCAUGAAGGACUGCUUGCGCAGUAAGCCCUUCCUGGGUCUCCUGGGGGUGCUCACAGUAUGCAUCUCCAUCAUCACAGCAGCAGGGAUCUUCUUCAUCACCGAUGGAAAGUACAACUCCACCCUGCUGGGAAUCCCGUUCUUCGCCAUGGGUCAUGGAACUAAAGGAGUGUUUGAGCUUCUGUCUGGAUGGCGGAGAACAAAAGAGAACUUGCCCUUCAAAGACAGGAUAGCGGAUGCCUAUUCUGAUGUGAUGGUCACCUAUACCAUGACAAGCUCCCUGUACUUCAUCACUUUUGGCAUGGGUGCCAGCCCAUUCACAAACAUAGAGGCUGUGAAGAUCUUCUGUCAAAACAUGUGUGUCUCCAUUCUGUUGAACUACUUCUACAUUUUCUCCUUCUUUGGCUCCUGUCUGGUCUUUGCUGGCCAACUAGAGCAAAACCGCUACCACAGCAUCUUUUGCUGUAAGAUCCCUUCUGCAGAAUACCUGGAUCGCAAACCUGUGUGGUUCCAGACAGUGAUGAGUGAUGGGCAUCAACAGACGUCCCAUCAUGAGACGAACCCCUACCAGCACCACUUCAUUCAGCACUUCCUCCGUGAACAUUAUAAUGAAUGGAUUACCAAUAUAUACGUGAAGCCAUUUGUCGUCAUCCUCUAUCUCAUUUAUGCCUCCUUCUCCUUCAUGGGGUGCUUACAGAUCAGUGACGGAGCCAACAUCAUCAAUCUACUAGCCAGUGAUUCGCCAAGUGUUUCCUAUGCCAUGGUUCAGCAGAAAUAUUUCAGCAACUAUAGCCCUGUGAUAGGAUUCUAUGUCUAUGAGCCCCUAGAGUACUGGAACAGCAGCGUCCAGGAUGACCUAAGAAGACUCUGUAGUGGAUUCACUGCAGUGUCCUGGGUGGAGCAGUACUACCAGUUCCUGAAAGUCAGCAACAUCAGUGCCAAUAACAAAAGUGACUUCAUCAGUGUCCUGCAAAGCUCAUUUUUAAAAAAGCCAGAAUUCCAGCAUUUUCGAAAUGAUAUCAUCUUCUCCAAGGCAGGGGAUGAAAGCAAUAUCAUUGCUUCUCGCUUGUAUCUGGUGGCCAGGACUAGCAGAGACAAGCAGAAAGAAGUCAUAGAAGUGUUGGAAAAGCUGAGGCCCCUAUCCCUCUCAAAGAGCAUCCGAUUCAUCGUGUUCAACCCCUCCUUUGUCUUCAUGGACCAUUACAGCUUGUCUGUCACAGUGCCUGUUUUGAUUGCAGGCUUUGGUGUUCUCCUGGUGUUAAUCCUGACUUUUUUCCUAGUGAUCCACCCUCUGGGAAACUUCUGGCUAAUUCUUAGCGUCACCUCAAUUGAGCUGGGCGUUCUGGGCUUAAUGACACUAUGGAACGUCGACAUGGAUUGCAUUUCUAUCUUGUGCCUUAUCUACACCUUGAAUUUCGCCAUUGACCACUGUGCACCACUGCUUUUCACAUUUGUAUUAGCAACUGAGCACACCCGAACACAAUGUAUAAAAAGCUCCUUGCAAGAGCAUGGGACAGCCAUUUUGCAAAAUGUUACUUCUUUUCUUAUUGGGUUAGUCCCCCUUCUAUUUGUGCCUUCGAACCUGACCUUCACACUGUUCAAAUGCUUGCUGCUCACUGGGGGUUGCACACUUCUGCACUGUUUUGUUAUUUUACCUGUGUUCCUAACGUUUUUCCCCCCUUCCAAAAAGCACCACAAGAAAAAGAAACGUGCCAAGCGAAAGGAGAGAGAGGAAAUUGAAUGCAUAGAAAUCCAAGAGAACCCGGAUCACGUCACCACAGUAUGAGGGGUAUAGACCAGUGGAUUAUUUUUCUUUUCCAGUAUUGCACAAUGAUGCAGGGCAAGUAAAGCUCAGACCUCAGCUGCUUGGGCUGGCCAGGGGUAACAAGGCAAGUCAGAUCAAGAGUGCAUUAUUCAUGACACUUCAAGGUGCCUGCUUCUUGGGGGGGAAGAGGGAAUUAAAAAAAGAGGAAAAAGUUAUUUGCAACCUUGUUCUCCUCUAAAAACAAGUUUCUGGAUGUAAUCUGAGAGCUCUUCCAAGGAAUGGAUGAAUCAAUGGAGUGUUAAGAUAGAACGCCAAAAGAACCACCUGCUUUUAAAAAUAAAAUGCUUAGGAGUGAUGGAGAAGCAAGGAAAGGUGUCCUUCAAAUAGGGGGAAAGGCAUAAGAAAUGUGCCAUGGCACUUUUCAUGCUUGUUUUUGGAACAGGUUGGUCAAAGGAAACCUAUGCACUUGGGAAGUACAUAUUUAAUACUGUCUAAACCAAAGGACUUCCCAAUCCAUUUUGUGUGUACAUAUAUAUGUAUAUAUCCCAUAUAUACAUAUACUUAGUUUUGUCUUUAGGGUACAUUGACGUUUAUGUGGAGGGAGGUGUCCAUUUGAAGAUAGGCUGGCCUUUCCCUAGAAAGUCAAAUCAACCUUAGCCAAAUUUAUAGAUUCAUUAAUAGCCGUUCUAAAUCAACCCAAGUGUCUCAGCAGUCAGAGUGUCAUUCAACUGUGGGAUGAGCAAAAUAAACAGAGAUGUGAGUUCAUUAGAUUAUGCAUAUCAUGUCAGCAGUCAUCUAGACUUUUGCUUUGGAUGACUUCACAAAAAAACACAAAAGGCAUUUGAAUUAAUUACCACAUGGACAAGGUUUACUGUUUUAUAUUAGAAAUAAACAGUUGAUAUGGAUUUUCAUUGGCUUUUACUGUAUUUGGAAGGCUGAUAUGGCUGCUUUCAGUGAGCUCACCCAAUUGCAAAUGAGCACUUUACACAGAUUAUCCAUACAUGAGUCUAAGGGUGCACAAGUAUGUGUAUGUGAGUUGGGGUACUCCAUAGUUACACCGUUCUUAUUUUAGAUAGGGAAAAUAACUGUCAUGGAAUAUAGAUAAUUAACACAGGAGAAAGGAGACAUAACUAGGAAACUCGUAGAGUGAAAUAGAAUAAAAUGGACCAUACCCACUCAUCACAUGCCAUCUACUAGUUCUUAGCACAAGGAAACUAUUCUAAUCCUAUGAAUUCUAGUGUAUUCCU